UGCUAGGGAACAGGCAAGAAGAAUAGAAAUAGGAAUCUAUUCUCUUCUCUAUUGGCAAAUAUUUUCUAUUCCGCGUAUUUAUUGGUGAAUAGUUUCUAUUCCUUAUUUCUAUUCCUUAUUUGUCUGUUGCCUAGCAUUGUGCAAGGGGCUUUAUACACGUGACUGAAACGUAAAGCGUCUGCUGGCGCUUGCGCUGUUUGCGCGAAAUUUCAUCCCUCCAAUUCUCAACAAUAGAUCCAAAGCGCGCCGAAUUGUCUAGGGCACAACGAGGUUUCUAAAAUAGAGCUUACUGGUUGUAAGUUAAAUGAAUGAUAUUCUCUGAAAUCCAUUUUUAUGUUAUUUGUACCAGAGCAAGACAAUGCCGAAGGUAAAUACGAUACUUAAUUAUUUCACGUCUCCAAAAACUGUCAAAAAGCCGGAGACGAAGAAAGGAAGCGCAGAAAAUUCGCAGACACCCAAAGCAGAACAAAAGAGAAAAGAGCUUAUUGGAAAUAAUGGAAAAGAAAAUCAAAAUACCUAUGAUAAAAAAAGAUCAUAUAAAAAAAAUGAUGAUAAGGAAGAUAAUGAACCUGUAAAAAUCAAGAGAAGGCGCUUAAUUAUUCCUGAUGAUGAUUCCGAUGAAGAUAUUGAAAAUGAAUUCAAAACAGAUCCCAAAAGUGAAGAAUCUGAAUCAACUUUGGAAAAAGAUAUAGAAGAUGAAUCUUCAGAAACAGAGGAAGAAACACCAAAAAAAAAGAAAUCCAAUGCUAAAUCCAAGUCAGAACAAGCAUCAUAUAAAGCAGAUAAAAAGGAAUUGAAACAGUCUGUACAAAAUCAGACUAUGAGCAAUGGACUUGCCACUACACAUGUUUGGCCUCACUUGAAAUUGGAUUUUUUGCAACCAGAGAAAAUAAGGGACAUACAGAGGAGAACCCUAAAAGAUCCAGAUUAUGAUUCCAGAACGGUUUAUGUGCCAGUUGAUUUUUUAAACAAUCAAACUCCUGCAAUGAGACAAUGGUGGGAGUUAAAAAGUAAGCAUUUUGACUGCGUACUUUUCUUCAAAGUCGGCAAAUUCUACGAGUUGUACCACAUGGAUGCAGUUAUUGGUGUUAAUGAGCUUAGUCUCACAUAUAUGCGAGGUGAAUUCGCACACUCUGGAUUUCCCGAAAUCGGCUAUGGUCGUUAUUCGGCAAGCCUAAUAGAAAGAGGUUACAAGGUUGCGCGAGUCGAGCAAACCGAAAAUCCGGAGAUGAUGGCAACGCGCUGCAGUAAAAUGAUUAAGACAACAAAGUUUGACAAAGUUGUGAAACGAGAAAUUUGUCAAAUUAGUACAAGGGGCACUAGAGUAUAUACACCAUUAGAUGUAGAAGCAUCUUCACCAAAUUCCAAUUAUCUGUUAUCUUUAGUAGAAAGAUGUGAUCCUGGUCAGACAAACAGUUCUUUUGGAGUAUGCUUCAUAGAUACAACAAUAGGCGAAUUUAAUCUCAGUCAAUUCGAUGAUGACUAUUGCAAUUCUAGAUUGUUAACUCUACUGGCUCAUCAUCCACCAAUGCAUGUAAUAUAUGAACGUGGUAAUCUAUCGCGAAAGAUUUUGCAGCUUAUAAAUAACACUCUACCAGCAGCGCUAAAAGAACCGCUACAGCGCGAAGCACAAUUCUGGUCUGCUACAACUACAUUAAAAAAUCUUCAUGAAGGUAAUUAUUUCAAGAAGGAGGAAGAUUCCGACUUUGCUUGGCCUGCAGGUUUAAAAUCAUAUCUUAAUGAAGGAGAUAGCUUGGGUUUAACGCCAGCCAGUAACAAAGAAUUAGCAGUACAUGCACUAGGAGGCUGUGUAUACUUAUUAAAAGACUUCCUGCUUGAACAACAACUAUUGGCACAAGGUUGCUUUAAUACUUACAUUCCGCCGGAUUUCUCAGCUGCAAACAAUCGCGCAGGUCUCAGUUAUACAAACACUAUGGUGAUAGAUGCUGUUACAAUAAAAAACUUAAGAAUUUUUGGAGAGAAUUCGCUUAAUAGUGUUUUAGACCAUUGCUGUACUGCAUUUGGUAAAAGAUUGUUGCGUGAAUGGAUCUGUAGGCCAUCUUGUCGUAAAGAUAUUAUAAUAAAACGCCAGAAAGCUGUGCAGGAAUUGGUAGAUCGAAUAGAUAUGAUACAGUCAGCUCGCGCAAUUUUAUCAACACUGCCAGAUCUUGAAAGAUUAUUAAGCAAAAUACAUGCUCAAGGAAAUGCAGCUAAAAUGAAAAAUCAUCCUGAUGGCAGAGCCAUAAUGUUUGAAGGCCCAACGUAUUCAAAGAGAAUAAUUGUAGAGUUUACUAUGACACUUGCUAAAUUUGAAGAAGUUUUGAAAUUUAUUGAACUAUUUAAUGAUUUUGAAAGUAAUUUGAUAAGCCAUUGUACACAAUAUGAACCAAAUGGUGAUUUCCCUCAAUUAAGGGAAAUAUUAGACUACUUUAAGACUGCAUUUGAUCACGAAGAAGCUAAAAAGCAAGGUUGUAUUGUUCCUAAAAAAGGAGUAGAUGCUGAAUAUGAUUUAGUCUUGACUGAACUUGCAAAGAACAAGAAAGAUUUAGAUAAAUAUUUGGAAAAACAAAAACAGCAUUUUGACGCAAAUAUAUCAUUUUUUGGGACAGAUAAGAAACGUUAUCAAAUUGAAGUUCCUGAGUCACGAGUUAAGAAAGUUGGUCCCGGAUAUGAACUACAGUCACAAAGAAAAGGUUUUAAGCGUUAUUAUACUGCUGAAGCAAAGGAACUUUUAGCAAGACAGAUAAAUACAGAAGAGCAUAGAGAUAAAGUACUGAAGGAUCUUAACAGAAGAAUAUUUGCGCAAUUUAGUGAAAAAUAUGAUAUGUGGCAUAGAGCCAUUUACAAAGUAGCUACUAUGGAUGUGCUUAUUUCUCUCGCGGAUUAUGCUCGAAACGGUGAUAUGUGUAUACCAGAGAUUCAUGAUGGAUUAGACGGUGAGAUCUUUAUCAAAAUAAGAGACGGAAAACACCCUUGUAUUAUAUCUGAUAACUUUAUUCCCAAUGAUACCCUAUUGGCGACUGAUGAUACUGCCUCCUUGAUGAUUCUAACAGGACCGAACAUGGGAGGCAAAUCAACUCUCAUGCGUCAAGUGGGCUUGAUCACAAUCAUGGCGCAGAUAGGGAGCUAUGUUCCAGCUAGUUCAUGUUGUAUAACAUUGGUGGAUCGUAUUUUUACCCGCUUGGGUGCUAACGACGAUAUUCUGACUGGACAGAGUACGUUCUUGGUUGAACUGAAUGAAACUGCCACGAUGUUGCAACACGCCACACCCUAUUCCUUGGUUCUUCUUGAUGAGUUAGGACGCGGCACAUCAACCUAUGAUGGUACAGCAAUAGCAGCUUCGGUUGUUGACGCAUUAACUAAGUUAAAAUGUCGUACAUUAUUCUCGACUCAUUAUCAUUCUUUGGUCGAAGAUUACAAGACCAAUAAAGAGGUCACAUUAGCUCAUAUGGCAUGCAUGGUAGAAACGGGAGAAGAGGAAAACGUAUCAGAAGAGACGGUAACGUUUUUAUACAAGCUCAGUGAAGGAGCUUGCCCGAAAUCUUAUGGAUUCAAUGCCGCUCGACUAGCAGGCAUACCAUCUAUUAUCACAAAGAAAGCGCAUGAGAUCGCUAGUAAGAUGGAACAAGAAACUAAUGACAAACACAUUUUUAUUGCUCUCUGUAAAGCCAACGGUGCUCAAAUGAGAAAUUUUAUUACUGCUCUUUAA